AUGCUCGGCUCACAAACUCUGUUCGCCGUGACGGCUUUGCUGGCCGCCGUGGUGUCGGCCUCAUCUGCCUCGGCGCGCGAGGUCGCCACAGUGCCCGACGACUUGACGGGCGAGCUCGGCUGCGAGGCCCUGAAGGUGGCGCACGGCUCCGGCAGCGUCUUCUUCCCGGGCGAUGCAGAGUACGCCGAGGAAGCGGGGGCGUUCUGGUCCAACACGCAGCUGAUGUCGCCGACCUGCAUCUUCCGGCCCGCCUCGGCGCAGCAGGUCGCCUCGGCGGUGCUCGGCAACAGCCGGACCGGCACGCGGUGGGCCGUCCGCGGCGGCGGCCACAUGGGCAUAAGGGGCGCCAACAAUAUCGACAAAGGCAUGCUCAUCGUCAUGUCGGGCAUCAAGACGCUCCGCAUCUCUGAGGACCGCGCGGCCGUCCACGUCGGGCCCGGCAACAAAUGGGGCGAGGUGUACGACUACCUGGCGCAGUUCGACGUCGCCGUCGCGGGCGGCCGGCUCGGCCCCGUCGGCGUCCCCGGUUUGCUGCUGGGCGGCGGCAUUAGCUACUACGGCCACCAGGCCGGCUGGGCCGCCGAUAACGUGCUCGAGUACGAGGUCGUGCUGGCCGACGGGCGCGUCGUCGUCGCGUCGGCCGACGAGAACCGGGACCUGUUUUGGGCCCUCAAGGGCGGCAGCGCCAACUUUGGCAUCGUCACCGACUUUAAGCUGCGGACCUUGCCGUCCAAAAAGGUCUGGGCGGGCGUCUACACCGUCUCGGGCGAGCACAUGGCCGCGUUCGAGGAGGCCGUGGCCAAGUACUCGUCCGAGCCGCAGGAUCCCCUCUCCCACGCCGUGCCCAUGGUCAUCCCCAUGGGCGGCGGCGUCACGGUCGCGUCGGUGAUCCUCUUUUACGACUCGGAGACGGUCUCGGAGCCCGAGUGCUUCAGGGACUUUUUGGCCAUCCCGCCCAUCACGCCGCCCACGACCGCGUUCAAGACCGUCGCCGAGCUGGCCAACGAGAACGCGGCGCUCAUCUUCCCCGACAUCAACGACGUGUUCCUCGCCGGGACGACGGUCGGCAAGACGCACGCGGAGCUGCUCGAGGGCGUGCGCAUCACCAACAAGGUCUUCCUCGACGCCGUCCCGGCGCUGCACGCGGCCAUCGGCGGUGCGGACAAGAUGGCCCUCAACAGCAUCAACUGGCAGCCCAUCGGCGCAGCGUGGCAGGCCGGCUCCGGGAAGGUGAACCCGGUCGGCAACGCGCUCGGCAUCGACACGGCCGCCAAGGGCACCUACCUCGCCUGGGCGCUGGCCAUCGAGUGGGUCGACGGGCCGGGCCACGACGAGAUUGUCGACAAGUGGGUCAGGGAGACCAUCGCGGCCAUCGAGGAUGCCACCAAGGCCGCCGGGCUCUACGAUGCCUUCAACUACAUGGGAGACGCCGCCGGGUUCCAGGAGGUUUAUGCUGGAUACGGCAGUGAGAACCAGAAGAGGCUGAUGGAGAUUUCGCGAAAGUAUGACCCGGAGAGGGUGACGCAGAAGCUGUGGCCUGGUGGUUUCAAGGUGGGUGUUUAA